AUGCCGGUGCACCCGCCCAUGGUCCCGCGACGGGAGGGUCACACGCUGCGCGCGCCCCUCCUCGUUCCGGAGGUGGCGAGUUUCGAGGAUGAAGAUCCGCUCGACGUCGAGGCCGGCGACCCCGGUCGCCGGUCGUCCCUGGACGACGACACCGCGCGAGCCAACAGCGGCGACAGCGCGUCGCCGUCAUCAGACGACACCGACGCGCUGUGGCCCCAGCCCGCGGUCCCGUCGCACCGAAACCCGGGCCUCGAGACCCUGGACUACGAGCCCGUGCACAACGACGUCCUCCACGAGAUCUUCGCGGACGACCGACGGAAUCGCUCCCUCACCAAGCACUUCUACGGCUACACCGGCCUCACGCUGGCCAAGUACGCGCUCACCAUCGUCGUCGGCGUGUGCACCGGCCUGUGCGCCGCGUUCAUCGACUUCCUCGUCGACGAGGUGUACGCGCUGAAGCAGUGGCUCAUCCUCGAGAACUUUUCCAAAGAUCCAUCAAACGCGGCGACCGACGAGGCGGCCGCGGCGCAUCGCUCGGCGCACUACGUCGCCGAGUACGUGACCGGAUACACGGCUCUGUGCCUCGCGCUGGUGCUCGGCGCGGCGUCGCUCUGCCUCUUCUGGGCGCCGCAGGCCCAGGGCGGCGGCGUCACCUCCGUGAUGGCGUACCUCAACGGCACCGCCAUCCCGGGGCUGCUGAGCUGGAAGUCGCUCGUGGCGAAGAUCUUCGGCGUCGCCGCCGCGUGCGGCAGCUCGCUCGCGGUGGGUCCCGAGGGGCCGAUGGUGCACAUCGGCGCGGCGAUGGCGAGCGUGGUGACGCUGGCGAUGCCGAGGGCGUGGCUCGGGGAAGUUCGAGGCGGCGAAGCGUACGACGACGACGACGGGGACGACUCAGAUUUCGACUCGGAUCAUGAUUCGGGCGCCGGCGCGCGCCGCGCUCACACGAAGGCUUCCCGCGAAAAGGACGAGGACGAAGACCUCUUCGACGCCAUCGACGACGCCGCGAGCCUGGAAGAAUCCAGACGCCGCGGCGACCUACUCGCGGGAUCGAUCGCGGGAAAUAACGGGAACGGCGGAAACGACGAGUCGGCGGGACGGUCGUCGGGCGGGCCCCGCGGAAGUAACGGCCGCGACGGUCGACGACGCGGGCGCAGGCUCAGCCGCGGCGGCAGCAGCGCCUUCUCCGCGCACCACGCGCACAACGGCAACAGCGCGGGCAAUAACAGUAGCGCGCGGCAGCCCACGCGUAGGUCGACACAGCUGUCGCGGCUUUUGCUCGAUUUAGCGUCCAACGCGACGCAGCGCGAAUUCGUCUCCGCGGGCGCCGCCGCGGGUUUAGCCGCGGCGUUCGGCGCCCCGAUCGGCGGCGUGCUCUUCUCGUUGGAGGAGGCGUCGAGUUACUGGUCGAGGAAGGUGAUGUGGCGGUCGUUCGUGUGCGCGGCGGCGGCGACCAUCGUGUUGGCGCUCUGCAUGGAACGCGGCAACGCGGGGAUGCUCUUCUUCGGAGGGGUGAGACCGGUUGCGCCGAGGGAUUACCUCCACCAGCUGCCGUUCUUCGUCGUCGCCGCCGCGGCGGCUGGAGUGUGCGGCGUGGUUUUCAACCAGCUCUCGCACUGGCUCACCGCGCACGUUCGCCCGCGGAACACGGCGGUUCAUUUGAGGCUUCUCGAGUGCGCGGCGGUUUCGGUGAGCACGGUGGCGCUUCGAUUCUUCGCGGCGCAGAGGUUCGGGUCCUGCGUCGACGCGUCACCGGCGUGGGAGGCGGACGAUUUCGGCGUGCGAUUCCUGUGCCCGCCCGGUAAGGUGAACGACGUCGCGACCGCGUUCUUCUCCUCGCCCAACAAGGCGAUCGGCUGGAUGUUAUCGAUGGGGGAACACGCUUGGGGCGAGCCUUACGGUUUCACCCCCGCGGGUUUAGGCGCGUGCUGCGGGUUUUACCUCGUCAUGAUGAUCGCCGCGUACGGCACGGCGGUUCCGGGCGGGAUCUUCAUGCCGAGCAUAUUCCUCGGCGCCUGCGGCGGCGGUGCCCUCGGGCUCUGCUUCCGCGAACUCCUGCCCGAGUCGUGGGACGUUCAGCCCGGACUGUACGCGCUCAUCGGCGCGACGGCGAUGCUCGGCGGCGUGUUCCGAUCGUCCAUAUCGCUCGUCGUCAUCAUGGUCGAGGGGACCGGCGGGAUCACCUUCGUCUUUUGCAUCAUCGUCGCCGUCGUGGUCAGCAACGCGGUGUCGUCGUGGCUGCAGAAGCACGGCGUGUAUCACAUGGACCUCCACCGAAACGAUAACGUCGCCUACCUCUCGGGCGAACCACCGCGGAAGUUCGCGUUGCUCACCGCGAGGGAUCUGAUGGCGUCCCCCGUAUCGUGCGUCGCCGAGACCGAGCGACGUUCGAGGGUGCUGAGUUUGCUGACCGAGACGUCGCACAACGGCUUCCCGGUGGUGGACCCCCGGGGGCGACUGGUGGGCAUGUGCCUGCGGUCGCAGCUGAGCGUGCUGAUCCACGGGGAUAAGCACGCUCGGCCCGGAUCGCACCCCGGCGUGCGCAGGGCGCUCGACACGUACAUGAGGGUGGCGCACCUCCGCAGGCGGCCCAUGCCGCGGCCGCUGCUGCCGCGACGGUACCCCCCCGCGACGGCGCUCUCCGCCGCCGCGCUCGCCGAGUACGAUCGAGAGAUGUCCAGACGCGAGAGAGAGACAUCCGGACGCGACGGGGGAAGGAAUCAAUCGCCGGGCGAGGACCGCGUCGGACUCCUGCUGAACGACGCGUUCGCCGCCAUGCACGCAGGCGAAGGGAGACGGGCGUAUGAUGAUGAGGAGCCCUCGGAAGAGGACGAGCGCCCGCUGUCGCCUCCGCUGGAGCGACCGAGAGACAGCGGGGGAUUCGGGUCAGAAUUUGGAGGAAGCGCGCGAGGGUCCGCGCCGCUGUCGCAGGUGGCGCAGCUCGAGCAGGACUCGGAAUCGAACGCGCACGGGUCGACGUCCGCGAGCGAGAGCGUGGACGGAGGCGUCCCGUCGCGGCCGUCGUCCCGGGGAGUACCUCAUCCGCAACAGAGCCGGUUCGCUCAGUUCCAAGAGGAGGUCGCCGCGGGUGGUGGGCAAUUUCCCAGCCACCACGCGUCUUACCGCCCGCCCGUCUUCGAGCUCGGCCAGAUUCGCGACUCAUCUAACGAGGACGACGACGACGAGCGUUGCGACGAGGGCGCCGCGAGCUUGGACGUCGCGAGCUUCAUGCACCGAGCACCGCUCGCCGUGCAGGCGGAUUUUCCGGCGACGAGGGUGUACUCGGUGUUUACCACGCUCGCGUUGCGCCACCUCACCGUGACGGACGCGGGGAACAGGGUGCUGGGGAUCAUCACCAGGAAGGACGUCAUGGCGGCGGUGGACGGAGCGCACUGA